ACGAAUCCCCCAAACCACGCGAAAACGCGAUCAAAACUCGAAGUCAAAACCCAAAUCAGAGCGGCGCCCCCGGUAAGCCAACCCCGCCGCCGACCGCCCACCCAGAUCCAGCACAAGCGCCCAAACAAACGGAGCAGCCGAUAGCCAAUGCCGCGGCGGCGGCGGUAGAGGAGGCGGAGACCGACCAAUGCGGCGGGGGACGCGGCUCUACGGCCUCCUGGGCCUCCUCCUGCUCCUGGCCGUCGCCUAUCUCAACUGGCUCCCGGGUCGCGGGCCCUCAGCCGGGGGCGGCCCCGGCGGGUUCAAGCUUCCAGUGCCGUGGCUGCAGCCGCGGAUGUCCUUCGCGGGCCGCGACGGCACCCACUUCGUCGACGCCGACACGGGCGCGCCGCUGUACGUCAACGGUUGGAACUCCUACUGGCUGCUCUCGGCGCGGUCACCCGCGCUCGCGGCAGAGAUGCUGCGCCGCGGCCGGCGCAUGGGUCUGGGGGUUUGCCGUACCUGGGCCUUCAGCGACGGCGGGCCAGGCGCGCUCCAGAUCUCCCCCGGCCGAUUCAACGAGGCCGUGUUCCAGAUGUUGGAUUAUGUGAUAUACGAGGCCCGGAGAAAUCAUAUUAGGUUGAUUCUUUGCCUUGUCAACAAUCUUGAUAACUUUGGAGGGAAGACUCAGUACGUUCGGUGGGCACAAGCAGCUGGAGCUAAUGUGACGAAUUCUAAAGAUUCCUUUUUCUCUCAUCCAACUAUUAGAGGUUACUAUAAGGAUUAUGUAAAGGCGAUAUUAACCAGAAGGAACUCUUACAGUGGAAUCAGAUACUCUGAUGAGCCUGCUAUAUUUGCUUGGGAACUCAUGAAUGAGCCUAGGUGCGUGUCCAAUUCAUCUGGUCCUCAUCUUCAGGCUUGGAUAGAAGAAAUGGCAGCAUACAUUAAGAGUUUGGACACAAAGCAUCUUGUUACAGUUGGUAUUGAAGGGUUUUAUGGCCCCGAGAGAGCAGACAGACUGGGUGUUAAUCCUGGAGACUGGGCAGCUUCACUCUGCUCGGACUUCAUACAGAACUCAGCUGUCAAACACAUUGAUUUUGCCUCUGUUCAUUCGUAUCCUGAUAGCUGGCUACCAAAGGCAAGCUUGGAAGAAAAAGUCAAAUAUCUUUCUAAUUGGGUUGACUCACACUUGAAUGACAGUGAAUAUGUCUUGAGAAAACCUGUCCUGUUUUCAGAAGUAGGAUACCUCCAGCAUGCAGAAGCAAACAUUACAGUCGAUGGUAAUGCUCUUCUAAAAGUUGUUUAUGAUAAAAUAUACAAUUCAGCGGAAAAGCUGCAGGCAGGUGGUGGUGCUCUUAUUUGGCAGUUGAUGGUUGAAGGGACACAUAUGUACAACGAUGACUUCUCUAUGGUGGCCCGUGAUCGUCCCUCGACAUAUAAGUUGAUAAAGGAGCAGUCAUGCCGACUACAACGAUUAUAUGGAAAAGAGGGAGACCCUGGGUGGCAAUGUUUACUACCACCCUAGGGGUUUAACCACUAUCAGUAAUUCAGUAGGAAUCCUGCUUCAUUAAACACAAACAGGUGUCCAAGUAUCACUCUUGAACAUGAUACAUUUUGAGGCAAAUGAUAGACAUAGAUCAGCAUAGUAAACAGCCUGUUUAGCUAGAGGGCUAGAUUACCAGUGGAGAAUCCACUUUCGAUAAUAAACAUGCUUGCCAAGUGAUUGCUGAACUUCUACCAAAUGGUUCAGUCAGAUUCUUGAUCAUCCAGCAUAUUGGUGGUGGUCAGCUAUACUUAUGUUACUGUUCCAAAAGAAGUUAUAUAUAUGUUACUUUCUUUCCUAGGUGCAUAGGUAAUUUCAUAGGAAUCUUUUGGUCAUGUGUGUAGCAAGAAUAGUUUUGGAAGCAUUAUUAUGUUGUGAAUGAGGCCAGUGAUGUCUUCUGUCA